AUGCUUCCAGCACAGGACCAGCCGUCCUCUGCCUCCGACCGCCCCAGCUGGAAAGCUGAAGCGAUCCGCCGCGGGAACCUGAGAAUCACCGGCCCUUCGCCCGCCGACCUGCCGCCCGUGGACGCCGUCGACGAAGACGAAGACAAGCCCCUGUCGCCUAAGCGCUUCACCGACUCGCAUACGCUGGACCUGCGCGACGCCAACUCGUCGACCCGCCGCCGUCUGCUGCGCAAGGCCAGCCUGGACGUUGGCCACCGGGUCGGCCUCUCCAGCGUCUUUCCGAGCCACAAACGCACUUCGACCGACGUCCAGGAGACUAUUAUGCAGUCCAGCAUCUCCAUCAGCGGUGCCUCUGCUGCCACGCCCACCACCACUCUCAGCCGUCCCAGCAAGCGUCAGAAGCGUGGCUCGUUGAGCGCUGCUUUCAAAAAGAUCUUCGGCAGCAAGAGGCGCGUUGAGCGCGAGAGAAGCCGCACCGCCUCUCCGCCGAGGCAUGCCUAUCACCACAGCGAACCGCAGGUCAGGCGCGUUUCGCCGACGCCGCGCACUUUCGUCGCAGAGCCGCGCGUUGGAACCUCGAAUUCUGACGAAUUACCUUCAUUUACUGAGAAUCUCGGCCGCGGGACGCCGAACCAACUUCCUUUCCCUAUGAACGUCAACGCGCCGCAGGAAGAAAGCGGUGCGCUGGGUUACAUCGCAUUCAACCGCACGCCCCCGGUGCACCGACGGAGAGCCACGCUACCUAGCGUCGUCUUUAAUUCCACCGACGCCUCCACCCUCUCCGCAAUCUGGAGCGAGUCCGCGAGCAAGCAUGAGGAUCAGCGCAGUAUUAAGGAUGAGAUCGGCAUUGCUGUUUCCGGUCCCGAACAUCGCCAAAGCUUCAGCUCGCAAGGGCCAGGAAAAAGGUCCAACCGCAGGUCACGCAGCGCUGGCGCCUUGGAAGAUUUGAGAAGAAUGCAUGAGCGAGACCCGUCGAUUCGCAACAGUAUUGUCAGCAGCUUCCGCCAAAGCAAGACCCCAGGGAGCCGACCACAGACUUCCCACGUGCCCACUACCGAAGAGGAAGAGGAUGUGAUCAUGCAAGAUGAGGUGUAUGAGACUCCGUUUGAGACUCCAGGCGAGGGCGCAUCGCGGGCUAGCAGUCGCGAUACUGUGAUGCGUACCAGCCCACCCCCUCUGGAUGAGCAUGAAGUGCACGCCUUUGAUUUUGGCCCUCUGCGCACUGGCCAUGAUUCCCCUGCACUCAAGGAUUCCCCAGCACUCAAACAACAGUUUGAUUCCACAGCUGAAUCGCAGUUCGUCCUGCUCGAUGAGCGUAUGGAACGCCUGGAAAGCAACAUGCGGUACUUCGACGAAUCGUUGCGCCGCAUGCAGGGUCGCCAGAAUCGACAGACUAUCAUCCUGGAGAAUGCGCCUCCCGGGCGAGGUCACUCCAGGCAUUUGAGCACAUCUUCAGAAGACUCCCCAAGAUACCCCAAACGCCCGUCCAUUCCUUUCACCGACCAGCAGCAAGUGCCUUCUCCAGUCUCUUUGACUUCUUCCCCUCAUGAUUCGCACUUUACUCAGUCGCAAGCUGGAGCAUCAGCCCAGUCCGGCCAAGCAUUCUACACACCUACCCAAUCCUCUCAGAGCUUCCCUCACCAACGCUACCCAUCCCCCAAGACGUCUCUUCCCAACCUCAUGAGCUCUCCGAGUAUAACCACCAUGAGCAGUGCGCCGACAGUUGUAGCGACUGCCGGUAUUCCUCCACCAUCCUCACACUCCUACACCGAGCAACACUCGUACGCUCCUGACCAAAUGUCAGCUCUUUACUCCCUUCUCUAUCACGAACGCGCUGCGCGCAAGGACCUCGAAUCGCAGAUUGAUGAGCUGCGUCGUGAGAUGGAAGGGUACAACAGCAGCGGCGUGCUCCAAAACAGCGGACCUAAUUCCUACGCCAACAAUUGUUGCCCUACUUUGGAGAAAUCACAUGUGACCUCCAAUAUUUACAACUAUGCUGCCUAUCCCGGCACCCAAAAUGCCUAUCCAACACCCUCGCCCGACGUCAGUAUCCUUCUCGGAACAACCACCACCUCAUCUACCGAGCAUCUUUCCGCCGUACACCCUCGCGUUUCCCAGCUGAACUACGAAGAAGAGGCUUCCAAGCAGCGCAAGAGUCAUUUCAGCUUCGAUUCCGAAGAGCUCGACCUGCCGGACAGCGGUCGUGCCAGCAAGCGCAACAGUGGCUCCGCCAACACGGCUGCCGCUCCUCAGGGCAGCGGCAGGGGUAGCCCGGCCUCCUCCCAGCGCCAGAACUUCUUGCGCUACGGAGGGCCCGUCGUGGACCGCAGCAGCAGCGUCUACGAGUACGGGUAUCCGCCGGAAGACGACGACACGGAGGUUAUGGCUUCGCCGGACGCGAAGGCCGGUAUCGACGAGUACCAGACGCCGCUCGAGGAGCCCGAGAGCCCACCGCCGCGGGAUGGCGAGGAGGUCUUCAGGGGCGUCGGCGUCGCCAUGGGAGGCCCGCUUCCUGUGCGCAAGAUCAGCAUUGGGAAGAUGAUUUGA